GUACAGAUAUUGUGUUCUAAGACUGUUUUUACCAACACAUUCCAGCUACUACAAUUGUUUUGGGAGGGUGAGGAAGGCUCAGAAUUAAAGUGGCAAAAAAUAUGAAAUCUUCUAAAUCAAACGUGGAUUCUGGUUUAGAGUCAGAUACCCAGUGCAAAAGUGGAACAGGCUGCGUAGUGAAAUGUGGCUCAGAAAGAAUGGAGAGUGCUGCCAAAAGGAGACUAGCUGCUAAUGCCAGGGAAAGGAGAAGAAUGCAAGGACUGAACACAGCCUUCGAUCGACUAAGAAAGGUGGUUCCACAGUGGGGUCAAGAUAAAAAACUCUCCAAAUAUGAGACCCUUCAGAUGGCAUUAAGUUACAUUAUGGCUCUAACUAGGAUCCUUGCUGAAGCAGAGAGAUACAGCACUGAAAGAGACUGGAUUAACUUUCACUGUGAACACUUCCAUCAGGAGAGCUACCACACUUAUAUGGGACAGAAAAUGGAAACAGACAAUGACCCAUACACACAAAGAAUCUUCAGUUAUCCACCUGACCAUUUUCAAAUAGCUAAUUAGAACUAAUUAUUGACUAGUAUAAUUCAACAGACCAAAUGAGUAAUUUUGAAAAAUUAGCAAGAAUUAAGCUGCUGAAUAAGGUAAUCUUGUCAUUAUAACAGCUAUAUUCUUGUUUACUACUUAUGCUGAUGUUGCUUAAAUAAGUUUGUUUUGAAAAUUAUUUGCUAUGCAUCUAAAAGAUUGUUUCCCUAUUACUAAUGAAAUGUGUAUAAUCUGUGUUGUAUUUUAUUUAUGAAAUAUUUGUAACAAUCCCUUCAUAGUUCGUUUGAAUCUGGUAUUAAAUUUUACAUUAUCUUUGCUGUGAUGGGUCAUGUCACAUAAUAUUUUACACACCAGUGGCCAAAUUGAUCCAUGGUAUAACUCAAUGGAAUUAAACAUGGAUAAAUUUGUUCCCAUG